UUUCGGUGGAGGGCGGGACUUCGGAAACAGCUCCGGCCGCUAGGCUGGGCUGGACUGCGGUCCCCCGAGCUGAGUGUGGCCCUGCAGUGUGUCCUUCCUCUGGGCCUGGGAAUGCCCCGCGCGCCUGUAGAAGGCGGAAACGACUGCUGGGGCUGCCUUCUCUAGAAAGGGCCUAAUUUUGCCUGCUAUGUCUGGGGGCUUCGAGCUGCAGCCGGAGGACGGCGGUCCCCGGGUGGCCCUGGCGCCCGGGGAGACGGUGAUCGGCCGCGGGCCUUUGCUGGGAAUAACAGACAAGAGAAUAUCCAGAAGACAUGCCAUUCUUGAGGUGAUGGGUGAUCAGCUUCGAAUUAAACCGGUCCACACAAAUCCAUGUUUUUACCGGUCUUCUGAGGACAGUGAGCUCUUCCCAAUGAAGGCAAAUCUUUGGCACUGGUUGAAUCCUGGAGACAGUUUCUCUUUAUUAGUUGACAGAUACAUUUUCUGUGUUGUCUCGACAUACUCGGAAAUGGAACUAGAAUGUACCUUAAGAAACAGUCAAAUGCUUGAUGAAGAUGACAAAUUGAAUGAAGCACCCAAAUCUCCUGUGAUUAACUUACCUGAUAAGAAACCUGGUGCCUCACAUCUGGAAAGAACCACAGAAAUAACUGAGACCCAGACUACUGCCACAAAUAGUUUGAUGAGAAAUUCCAGAGACUUGAGUGAACAACAAUCAGAUCCUGCCCAGAGGAAAAGAAUUCUUCCAGCUUGGAUGUUACAGGAUUUAAGUGAUCAAAAACUUUCAGUGCCAGUCAUUAGUGGAGAUAACAACGUAAUUCAGGGAAGUGGAAAAGGAGUCUGCAAAGAAAAAACCCACAAAAAUCUAACACAGCAAGGAAGAAAGCGAAUUUCAUCAGGAAAUUCUGAAAGUGUAACAGAAGGACAAGAUGCAGGAAAAAGGUUCAAAGACACUGGUCAGGAUGAGCCUGUCAGUUCAUCCAAGGACAUGUCAGAAUCAUUUUCUGCAACCACAUUAAAUAAUCCCGAUAUGCAUAGUUUGAAGAGUAAUACACAGAAAAAUGAAAUUCCAAUUGUGGAACUUGGUAAGAUUUCUGAACAUGAGAACAUGACUAAAGGAACACUAAAUGAAGAAGACGAGGUGGUGAGCUUUUCCGAUAGUCGUUCAAGUGUCCCCGGCAAGCCACUCCACAGUGUAUCUCAGACAUUUCAGCCUAAAUCCAAAACUGAAUCUUCUAGUUCUGAAACUCUACAAGCAAAGGCAAGGGAUUUGCUUCCACAAAGUUCACAAGAGGACAAGGUCAGGAGGUCACCCUGCAUGUAUGGAGCAAACUGCUACAGAAGGAAUCCUGUCCAUUUUCAGCACUUUAGCCACCCUGGUGAUAGUGACUACGGAGGUGUGCGGGUCACGGGUCAAGAUGAGACUGAUGAGCGACCAGAGUGUCCCUAUGGGGCCUCUUGUUACAGGAAGAAUCCCCAGCACAAGAUAGAGUAUAGACAUAGUAGACCUCAGGUGAGCAGCGCUGCGGUUGAAAAUGCUGGUGCUGACCAGCCCAGUGACUCCGAUGCGAGCGGCAGCUUUCAGGAUGACGGGGAAGAGGAGUACGAACCGACAGAUGAAGAUUCUGACUGGGAACCAGGAAAGGAAGACCAAGACCAGGAAGAUGUGGAAGAGCUUUUGAAAGAAGCGAAAAAGUUUAUGAAAAGAAAAAAAUAACUUUUCCUGUAUUAAAUUCACAUUUACUUUUUCUCUAUGGAAAAAUUCAGGAAUGGAGGGGGUGCUUUAGUGAUCUUUCCAUUAUUUUGAUUAUUGUAACUUUUGCUAUUUGCUCUUUGCAACAGGUCUGCCUUCUGUGGAGCAAGGAUUAAUUUUGUUACCUUGCCCUUUCUUUCUUGUUUAAAGUCAAUGGCAAUAGGAAGCAGACAGAGGUUAAAGGGUAAUAAUUAGUAUUUUUCAUGUACUUUGUAUAUGGGCAAUAAAAAGUAAAAUCCAUGGGUUUUGCUUUAUUUUUUUAUUUCCAAAGACUCUGUCUUUGUCAAGUACUAUGCAAGUAUAACUAGGAAAAUUACAUGAGGGCUGGGAAGUCUGAUUGCUACUGUAGUUCUUCAGCCAAAAUGAGGCUUCCCAAAUGAUAGCUAUUACAUACAUAAUGGCUAUUAAUUUUUCUAGUGCCUUACAUGUGAACGUUGUAAUUUCAUCUACUACUUCUCUGAAAUUUGGAGAAAUUUUUACCAAAUCAAUACUGAAAAAAAUUCAGCUGUUAUAGAAAUGACCACCUUACAAGAAAUGUUAUUUUGUGUUCCACAUGUGUAAUUUACUGUAAAUCUGAGUGUAAAGGUAGAAGAACUCAAAGAAUUUGAUAUUUUUUCAAACUAUAGGGCACUUAUAUUAACUCUUAUUGUUCUGUCUUUGCUUUAGGAAUACAAAAGUAAUUUUAACCAUAAUUUUCUCAGAAGAGCUUAUUUCUUUUAUGCUCAGAUGCAAGUAGUGAGUUGUUUACCAGGGCUUAAGGUUAUAGUUUCUUAUAUGAAAAAGUUCUCCAGUUACAUGUAGUACAUCUAUAUUUCUGUUAUUAAGCUACUGUAGUCUCAAUAGUAUCAUUUUAACUGACUUGAAAUUCUUAAAAUAUAGUUUAUAAUUUUAAUGAUAGUUCGCUAUAUACAUAGUGCAAGACGUAUAUUAUUGAAAUCAUGAAUCAGUAACUCAAAUGUUUCCACUCUGAAAUUUAUACCA